UCUAGCGCCAGACAUUAGUACUGGUCUGGUUGCUCACUCCUACCAUCGCAGCGCAAGCACCGCGGUGUCUACGGCAGAAACCCGGGCAGACGUAUGGACAGACGGCCGUAGCUCCGCAGACCCCUCUGUCGUCUAGACCCGUGCACUAAACGGACUAACACCGACGAGUCUUUAUUUCAUUAUUAUUUUUUUUUAGGUGGGGGGCACACACAUAUAUCUGGGCUCCUUUUUCUACGCUCCGGUCUCUCACACUGCAGGGCCUCUUCUUCAGUUUACUGGAAAGAAGAAAAAAAAAAGUGGGUGUUUUUCUUUUGCUGCUCACUGGUGUUCCGGCAGCAGCAGCAGCAGCAGCAGCGGCGGCGUAGAGCGCAGCGAAGUGUCCCCGAUGGCAGGCUGGAAGGACGGCUCGGUGCAGGAGAAGUAUCGGCUGGUCGUGGUCGGAGGCGGUGGUGUCGGGAAAUCAGCCCUGACUAUCCAGUUUAUUCAGUCGUACUUCGUCACCGACUAUGACCCCACGAUUGAAGACUCUUAUACCAAGCAGUGUGUGAUUGACGAAAGGGCGGCCAGGCUCGACAUCCUCGACACGGCUGGACAGGAAGAGUUUGGAGCCAUGAGAGAACAAUACAUGAGGACAGGGGAGGGCUUCCUGCUCGUCUUCUCAGUCACUGACAGAGGAAGCUUUGAGGAAAUCUACAAAUUCCAAAGACAAAUUCUCCGAGUGAAAGACAGAGAUGAAUUCCCUAUGAUCCUCGUAGGAAACAAAGCUGAUCUGGAACUACAGAGACAAGUAACCCAGGAAGAGGGCCAGCAGCUGGCCAGACAACUGAAGGUGACAUACAUGGAGGCUUCAGCCAAAAUUCGUAUGAACGUAGACCAGGCUUUCCACGAGCUGGUUAGAGUAAUCAGGAAAUUCCAAGAGCAGGAAUGUCCACCGUCGCCAGAACCUACAAGAAAAGAGAAAGACAAGAGCGGCUGCCAUUGUGUGAUCGUCUGAGUCGGCCUUAUCACUGUAACUCAUGCAGCUACUCUCUACCACCCCACCCACUCUGCCUAACAUCACAUCCUAAGGGGAUGACUGACCGCUGCCUUCUCCACGUGCAUGACUUCAGACAGCCUUUUCUGAGAUACUCUGACCAGGAAGUGCUGUCCCCAGGACAUCACUAUGGACAACUGACAAUGCCAAAUUUUAACACCACUCUACCUUCAGCCGUAAUCUAAUUCACACGAGGGAGUCCCAACACUAAACAUUGCCUUCUGAAUCAGCCUGACAAAAUUAAUGUUUUGUACUCUGAAGGACUUCUCUUGCCUUGUAGUGACAUUUGUACUUGCUACCGAGAUUGAAUGAAAACUAUAUAUCCAGAAUGUUAACGAGUUUCUUUAGUUGCCAGCGUCUGACCAGUGCAGAGAGAUUAUCUUAUUAAGCUUUGUGUAUGUCGUGCCAUAUCCACCUUUUAUGUGCUAAUCUGCUACUGUACAUAUGUGACAUUUGUUGUGAUUUUCAAAGUGUACUUCUAAUGAUCUAUUAAAUCACCACAGUACAGUGUGUGAGGUUGAGUUUGGUUUUACAUAUAUGAAAGUGAAUAUAUAUAUAAGUAUGUAUAUAAAUAUAAAGCCUAGACAGCCCUUAAAGCUACGAUGAUAGAACUUUUUUGGCAUUUUGCAGUGGAUUCUUCUUCUUCUCUGUCUGUGGUUUCUGCUUUCAUCUCAAAUAUGAAGUGUCUACUGUAUUUGAUUUUUUUCAAAAGUCUUAUAGAUUGAAGCCUUCCUGUGCUAUGCCAUCUCCUCAAUGUACUAAAAGUAGCAGUUGUGUCUGAAUUUCUUUCCUCGAAGGUGGCGGUUCAGUCGAAAUUGGACAUCAUACAUUGUUUCAGAUUUCUAAGAAGUAGUAGAUUCAUUUUUUGGUAGCACAUUGUGUAUCUUUGACAACUAACAUGAUUUCAGAUGAAAACACUGUAUGCUCUAUAUUCAACUCUUGACAAGUAGUGUCAUUAAAUCAAUUUGUUGCAAAUCAAGAAGCUUUCGGAGCUCAGUUCAGAUCAUUCCAAUGUAAUGCAUCUCCUCUGUCAAACAUUUAGUCUACGAUUUAGAUCAAAUAACUGUUAUAUCAUUCCAAUAACACAGUGGCAAUGUAUUUGUUUUGUGUACUUCAAUUUUUCUGUUACAUUACUUUUUUCCCACACGAUGAUCUGUCGCUUGGAAAAAUAGGACAAGUGGAAGUGUUGAGAUUGAAUCGUAAAACAGUCGUUCUCCUAUGGGACAUAAACUCAACCGAACCUGCCACCUGUGGAUCUUUCAUCGCCACAGACACAAAACACUGUUCUGCCUUCUCUUCCAACUUCUGUACUUCUGUUUUGGGCAUAUAAAUGAAGUACCACAGUUUGUUUUUCAUAUGAUCAUCCUGUAAUAUACACAACAAGAAAAUCAGAUGAUGGAAGUAAUGGACUUGAUUAAAUGUUUCUACUCUACUUUUAUACAUUAUUUUCUUAUCAAACUAGUUGACAAGUAUUUUUAUAUGUUUAUAAGUGAAUACACAUUCACAGCAUAGCUGUGUAUAUAUGUAAAGAGGGAUAUUUAAUUAUCUUGAUUAUUUUAAUCUGAAGAUGACUGUUGGCCCAAAUUUACUAAAUUGAAUUCUUCACCCAGAUGUGACCGAGAAUGUUGUUUCUUCUUGUGUCUUAAUAAUGGAGAAUAUACUGAUCUUUGAGGUGUUCAGCACCAGCUCUGAGCAUAAAACGCUAGGUCAGGUGGGAAAGGGUCAUAGAAAUAAUUCUGAUCUUUACAUGAGAGCUUAAAAUCACAAGGAUAAAUUAUUAUAAUCACCGGAAUUUGAAAUACCUACUUCCCAUCUUAUUCCAAAUCCUAGUAUACAUCCAAAUCAUACUGUUUUUAUCUUCUUUUGCUUCCAUAUCAAUGUCUUUUUGCCCUGUGUCUAGCUUUUGGUGCUACAAUAAAAUCUGUCAU